UGUUAAGUCACACAAGAAAAAGUGGCAUGACGCCGUGUUUAUAUAUCAACGAAAACAUAAGCACAAGAGGACAUUAUUGUCGUUUUAUAAAGCUUCAUUGGUUUCUGAGACCUUAUAAUAGUGAAGUUCAUUAAUUGAGUUAAAAUGUUGAGUAUUCCCAGCUAUAAAAAGGAUGAUCCCAAUUACCGUUAUAAAAUGCCACGACUUGUUGCCAAAGUAGAGGGUCGGGGUAACGGUAUUCGAACGAAUAUAGUAAAUAUGGCAGACAUAGCGAGAGCAUUAAAACGACCACCUGAUUAUCCAACAAAAUUUUGCGGUCAUGAACUGGGUUCUCAAUCCAAAUUCGAUCCUUCUGAAGGAAAAGCUAUUGUCAAUGGCUCUCAUACACAACAGGAUUUACAAUUGUUAAUUGACAAAUUUAUUGACAAAUUUGUUUUAUGUGAGCAAUGUAAGCUACCAGAAAUCGAUCUUUUAUUAAAAAAAAAUCGAGUUGGCUACCGUUGCAACGCAUGCGGGAAUCAGGGCCAAGUUGAUAAUCGUCACAAAUUAGCAACAUUUAUUAUGAAGAAUCCUCCUGAUGGAGGUGACUCAACACUUGGCACUCAAACAAAGAAAUCAAAACAAGAGGGGAAGAAAGAUAAAUCGAUUAAAACCAAGCCUAAAACGUCAGAAGGUGAUACGGAAUUAUUGAACGGAUCAGGCGAAGAUAUUAAAAAGAUUAAAAAAACAAAGAAAAUAAAGGGUCAAACAUGCAAAGAUGGGAGCAUUGACUGCGACACUCUAUCAGAUGAUACUGACACCAAAGACCCCUCACAAGAUACUUCCAAAUUAACAAAAAGCUAUAUAGUAGAAGAAAAGAAAAAUGAAAGUGAUCUUGAUGAUGGUAACAUACCAAGCAAAAAAUUUUUAAAAAACAAAAAAGGUAAAUCAAAAGAAUGCAUGGCAGAUAUAGAAGAUCUUCAUUAUCAAAGUCCUGAGAUCCAAAGUAUUAUUGAGCGCCUAACCAAUUUGGUAGAAAAUACCAAUCAAAACCCACCAACAUCAGCUAACAAUACUGAAUCGAGCAGAUUAUCACCUACUGAUUUCUUUAACGAACUGCGAAUGCUCCAAAUAACACAAAGUUUUAAUAAUCGCGUUAAAUUUUAUAUUGCACUAGAAGUAUUUUUUUCAAAAAAUCAAAAACCUUUAUCAAAACUUUUAGAUGAAUAUAUUCCUUUUAUCAAGGAGGUUGCUCAAGGCAUGUCAAAUCGAGAUAUUUUAACAGUACUUGAAGACUAUAUUGCUUUGAAUAACACAACGUCGUUAGAGUCAUCUUUUUACGAUUUUCCUUAUACUUUACAGAAGCUCUACAAUGAAGAUGUGUUACACGAAGAGGGGAUUAUUAAACAUUACACGAAAACUAAAAAUAAGGAUCUUCGAGAAGCUUAUCUUGUAGCGAAAAAAGUAACGGAACCGUUCAUUUGCUGGUUGCGUGAAGAAGGAGAGGGAGAAGAAGAAGAUGAAUCUGAACAAGAAUAAUCAAAUUGCCACGUUUCGAAAUAUUGAAAAAAAUUAUCUUUAAAUUCAAACUCUGGUAUCAAUUUCACAAUAGAAGAAAUAAGUUUUCGUACAUUUAACACUUUAUCAGUUUUUUCGUAGAGAGAAAAUUUUAUUAAUUUCAAAAAUCUCCGAUCACAGAAAUAGCUGCUUGGCAUCUUAAAACUUUUUAUUUUGUUUUAUCACCGUUUCGCAAAUUUUUUUGUUAAUGUCUUGCUUGUUUAAAAACCGAAUCACACCACAAAAAAAUAUAGAAACCAGUUAAUCGAACACUGCGUUCGUUGUUCAGCAUUUCAAAAUUUUACUACUAGCUUUUUCCGUAGAUGUUACUAUUGCUAAGCCUUUAUAAAUUAACUAUAUUUUUUUGUUCCAAUUUCAAAGCAACUUCUUGAAGUUUUUUGUUUGAACUUGUGCCAAU